AUGACAGAACAACAAGUUGGAGACUCUCGAGAGGGUCUCGAUGAAAGACUGCCGGCCGGCAGUAUACCAGGUUUAUUCCACCAAUUCUCCCUGGAGGGGUCUUUGUGUAUUACCGACGUGAAAACCCACCCAGAAGACGGCACUUACCCUACCACGGAAGAUUCUUCUGGUGUGGUACCUCGAGAGCAUCGAUGGAGUUUCGGUCCUUACCCUGGGGCGGCUUGGAGUUUUCAGCUUCAAGUCCCGGAUUUUCGAAUCUUGACGCCGGCUGGACAAGAACAGUUGUUUGACAAGCUGUCCGAGCACCGCGUUCACAAUCACCCGCGAAGGAUGAAAGUCACGUUGCACAAUCCCAUGGCUUCCUUUUCUACGCUCAACGAAGAUGUGCGUCCACACCCAUAUGAGUUCCAGCCCAUAUCUGCCCUUGAAUUCGAAAUUCCCAUCGAGCAUCCAGAGGCAUCUUACGAACUUCAGUGGAACUCGGAUGAAGACGAACCUGUCAUGACUGGGUCUCGUUGCGCGCACAUGCCACUAACAAUCGAGACCGAUGUGACCUGCUUCCACACUCUUCCAGACGACGUCACGAGGACGAAUCGUUCCCUGGCCCAGGCGAAGGAUGUCUAUCUGACAAAAGAGCGUAUGACAAUCAUCUCAGACCUGCCAUCGUUCAAACGACUGUUUGAUGAAGUGGCGCACGGGGUGCUUGAAGGAGAGUACCCAGAAAAGUCAACCGCGGACAGUUGCGACUUGCCUUUCAGUGUCAUGUGGUCUGAGAAAAACCAGCCCAGCUUUCAAGGUGAUAUGACCCUGGUUCGAUUGGACAAUUCCGGCUGCGAGCACUUGCAUAAGACGACGGCUACCCAUUCACCCUCUCGGAAGAGCGUUACAAGACCUGCAGCCGAAGAUGGAUACAGUUUUGUAACAUUCGUUCGCGACUAUCCUGCGACUUUGGGCGCCAUCGAAUUCAUGAUACCAGAGGAAAGUUAG